CGUGCCGCGCCGUGGCCGCUCAACUCCGGCUCAAGCGGAGGGGAUCUGCUGGAGGCUCCUUCACCCCGACUUCUGCCGGGCAGUCACUGCCACUUGGGCAGGCCAGGCUCAGAUGAGCUUGGUCAGGUGGCCCCACUGCCCGCUCCUUUCUUAGCUGGGGACUAAUGCCCCAGAACCCUCAGGAGAAGAGCCAGGCCAGCCCCCGCCGCCGCCGCCGCUGCCCUGGUUGCCAGGCAGACCAAAAGAGCACCGAGGACAUCGCAGUCACAGCUAUGUACACGUUCCUGCCCGACAACUUCUCGCCCACUAAGCCCAAGCAGUCCAAAGAGCUGAAACCACUGCUGUGCUCCGCGGUGCUGGGGCUGCUGCUGGUGCUGGCAGCGGUGGUGGCCUGGUGCUACUACAGCGCCUCCCUACGCAAGGCGGAACGCCUUCGCACGGAGCUGCUGGACCUCAACCGCGGCGGCUUCUCCAUCCGCAACCAGAAGGGCGAGCAGGUCUUCCGCAUGGCCUUCCGCUCCGGCGCGCUGGACCUCGACUCCUGCAGCCGAGAGGGCGCGCUGCUUGGCUGCUCGCGCACGGCCGACGGGCGCCCGCUGCACUUCUUCAUCCAGACUGUGCGGCCGAAGGACACAGUCAUGUGCUACCGCGUGCGCUGGGAGGAAGCGGCGCCGGGGCGGGCCGUGGAGCACACCAUGUUCCUGGGCGACGCGGCAGCGCACUGGUAUGGCGGUGCCGAGAUGAGGACGCAACACUGGCCCAUCCGCCUGGACGGCCAGCUGGAGCCACAGCCAUUCGUCACCAGCGACGUCUACUCCUCCAACGCCGCCUUCGGGGGCAUCCUCGAGCGCUACUGGCUGUCUUCGCGCGCGGCCGCCAUCAAAGUCAACGACUCAGUGCCCUUCCACCUGGGCUGGAACAGCACGGAGCGCUCGCUGCGGCUGCAGGCGCGCUACCACAGCACGCCCUACAAGCCGCCCGCCGGCCUCACAGCGGCGCCGGAGCUGAGCUACCGUGUGUGCGUGGGCUCGGACGUCACCUCCAUCCACAAGUACAUGGUUCGGCGCUACUUCAACAAGCCGUCUAGGGUGCCAGCGCCGGAGGCCUUCCGAGACCCCAUUUGGUCCACGUGGGCGCUGUACGGGCGCGCUGUGGACCAAGACAAGGUGCUGCGUUUUGCCCAACAGAUCCGCCAGCACCGGUUCAACAGCAGCCACCUGGAAAUCGACGACAUGUACACGCCCGCCUAUGGCGACUUCGACUUCGACAAGGUCAAGUUCCCCAACGCCAGUGACAUGUUCCGCCGCCUGCGCGACGCCGGCUUCCGCGUCACACUCUGGGUGCACCCCUUCGUGAACUACAACUCGUCACGCUUCGGCGAGGGCGUGGAGCGCGAGCUGUUCGUGCGUGAGCCCACCGGCCGGCUGCCCGCGCUGGUGCGCUGGUGGAACGGCAUCGGCGCGGUGCUCGACUUCACGCGCCCGGAGGCCCGCGACUGGUUCCAGGGACACUUGCGGCGGCUGCGCUCGCGCUACGCUGUGGCUUCCUUCAAGUUCGACGCGGGUGAGGUUAGCUACCUGCCGCGGGACUUCAGCACCUACAGGCCGCUGCCCGACCCCAACGUGUGGAGCCGGCGCUACACUGAGAUGGCGCUGCCCUUCUUCUCGCUGGCCGAGGUCCGUGUGGGCUACCAGUCACAGAACAUCUCGUGCUUCUUCCGCCUGGUGGACCGCGACUCGGUGUGGGGCUACGACCUGGGGCUGCGCUCGCUCAUCCCUGCGGUGCUCACCGUCAGUAUGCUGGGCUACCCGUUCAUCCUACCCGAUAUGGUGGGCGGCAACGCGGUGCCCGAGCGCACCGCGGGCGGCAGCGAUGUGCCCGAGCGCGAGCUCUACAUUCGCUGGCUGGAGGUGGCCGCCUUCAUGCCAGCCAUGCAGUUCUCUGUCCCGCCCUGGCGAUACGACGCGGAAGUGGUGUCUAUUGCCCACAAGUUCGCCGCGCUGCGGGCCUCGCUUGUGGCGCCGCUAUUGCUUGAGCUGGCCGGUGAGGUCACUGACACGGGCGACCCCAUCGUGCGCCCCCUUUGGUGGAUCGCGCCCGGCGACGAGACAGCUCACCGCAUCGACUCGCAGUUCCUUAUUGGGGACACGCUGCUGGUAGCGCCGGUGCUGGAGCCGGGCAAGCAGGAGCGCGACGUCUACCUGCCCGCCGGCAAGUGGCGCAGCUACAAGGGCGAGCUUUUCGACAAGACGCCCGUGCUGCUCACCGAUUACCCAGUCGACCUGGACGAGGUCGCCUACUUUGUCUGGGCGUCCUGACCCUGCCCAGUACCUGGGAACCGCAUAGCCCUAACCCCAGCCUUUAUGCAGACCUUUCAUGUUCCAUCGCACCUGCAUCGUGUACCCCCAGGAAGUCCACACCUCUGUACCACCCAUUAAGUAGGUGCUGACUUAAAUGUGCUGGAGCCAGCUGCUGUGGGUGGGGUGUGGGGAGGGGGCUCCAACACACAGUCCUAACUGUCCCCUUUCCCCUCCACACUCACCGCAGUCUGGAGAAACUUCUUCCCUGGGAUGGAGGCCAGAGAGCUCAGAAGAAAAGGGUCAGCUCUCUUCCUAUUGUUAUACAUGGUUGGGUUUUAAAAGCACAAAGUGGGCCGGGCAUGGUGGCUCACGCCUGUAAUCCUAGC